UGUACAUAACAAGGAAAAUUUAGAAUGAUAAAUAAUUUUCAUUUCUGAUAAAAAUAUUUAUGUGGUUGUGGUAUUUGAUGAUAAAAGAUAGUUUUUUAUGUUGUUUAAAACGGUGAUUAACGUCCGGAAGAUGGAACAGGAGGAGUCAAUAUAUCAAGGAAUUGUACUGUUACCGCCUGUUGGAAAAUUACUUAAGAAAUCAUGGACCCAAAAGUAUUGUAUGUUGUUCAAAGCCAGCAAAUUCGGAAAAGAAAGACUAGAAGUUUACGAUUCGCAAGACUCAAAAGAACCCAGCAAGUUCAUACCAUUAGAAAAUUGUAUAAAAGUACAUUCCAAAUCUCUUACAACUUUUGUUGUGACUACUAGAAGUAAUAAUGCCACUACGAAUACCUACGAAUUUGGUACAGCAUCAGAAUAUGAUAUGACCGAAUGGCUUACUGCUAUACAAUCUGUAGCUUUUCCGGACGAAGUAUCUAAAACAACCAGCAUCGAAGAAGAUAAUGAUUUGUAUUGUUCAUCGGGAGAAGGUGUGUUCAAUGUUAAACUUCAUCCCUCUGCCGUGUCAAAUAGGUGUGGUCUUGAAAGUAAAAAUUAUACAUUGGUACUUACUCAAACAGCUUUACAAUUGAGGAACAUUAUGGACAGUAAAUUGUUGUAUAACUGGCCAUAUUGUUAUAUUAGAAGGUAUGGCUAUAAAAAUGGGAAGUUUACUUUUGAAGCGGGGAGGAAAUGUGAAUCUGGCGAAGGAACUUUCUAUUUGGAACAUCCCAAUCAGCAAGAAAUAUUUAGGUGCCUUGCAAGUAAAAUGAAAUCAAUGAAAAAACUCCUCUCCGGCGAAGCCUCGUCUCCACUUCUAGAUUGCGGAGACGUCCAACUUCAUGCCGCGCUAUCCAUGGAAGCCAGAUCUAGAACUCCACUACCGCCGUCAGCAUCGCCAACGAUAAAUUCAUUAUCAUCACUGUCAGACACGACAACUAUAUCUAGCACAAUUUCUAGUAAAUCGUCUUCGAUGGAAUUGGAGCAAUUGAAACCAUUCAUUCUAAAGAAACCAGAACCUAAACCAAAGCCAGUCCAGAAAUUGAAACCCACCAAGCCUCCUAGGAAAUUUUUACCUGUUAGCAAAUCGGCAAACGAAUCCGACUCAUCGUAUGAAUCUGAUCUGAAAUAUGAUCAGGUUGAGCACAUAGUAAAUGCCUGGCAAACUCACGGUAUAGACGCGCCAGAUCACACGGAACACUUAAACGAAGAAGGCGAGGAUUACAUGUCGUGGGGCGAGGUAAGAAGAGAAAUAGAGACUGUGAAAAAACCCUUAGCCCCAGCGAUAAUCACCCAAAACACUCCGGUCGACACGGGCGACACCUACUACGACAAACUCAACUUUUUCGGAUCCACCAGCAAAUUGAACGUCAAAUCCCAUUACAAAGAAGUGUAUCCGUCUUCGUACGCUUCAGCCGCACCCGAACCGCCUUCGUUCAACGAUUACCAAGAGGUUAUGUUCACCGAUAGACCCGAUGAAGAGGGCGAUAAGAAAAAAGAGGACAAAGUUUCUCAUCACUUCCACAAUCAGGAAGCGUACGCGGUCAUAAGUAAACCAAAACGAGUCUAGUCUAGUCAGUUUUUCGGUCUUUCGUUACGAAGGAUCUCGAAAUGUUUUUUUUAAAUGUGCCUAGCCGAGCUGCCUACUUGAGCUUUUUGUACUUUUUUUAUAUAGGUCGCUUUUUAUCGUGAUAUAUAGGGUGAGUCAUAACUAUUGGGAUACAGGGUAAUUGUGAGGAUGGGAUCAAAUAUGCUGUAAUAAAAGUAGACAAAAUUGUAACUCCGAAUAAUAAAAUAACAAACUCAAUGUUUUGGAUUGUAUCUUCCUACUUCUACGCCUUUUUUGAUUUGUUUUGAUGAAAAAAAAUUGCCUCAUGUAUUUUUUUUGCAGAUUUCAUUUUGUAAAAGAAUUUUAUUGGUAGUAAGUUCGCAAAAUUAGAAACUCUACCCAAUUUUCAUAUUUUAGUCCAAAAAAUGGCACUUAAUUUAUGUCCCAAUAGUUAUGACUUACCCUAUAUACAAAUGUGUUGUACAUAAAGAUGAGGAUCUCGUAAAUAAUUGUUAUUUACAUAGAUUUGGUUGAAUGGGGUAAAAGUUGUCUAUUGAGCGGGAUAAUAUGACGUGAAAAGAUCUCACAUAAUCCAGGACCGUUUUUGAAUUAUUUAGGAAUAAUGGAAAUUUUGGAUUUUCAUUUUUUUUUGUUUUUAUUUAUUGACAUACCGAAAAGUCGAUUAUUUUGAAUACGGGUCUGGAAUUUGUAUUCUUCUUACUCUGAAUAUAACCAUGUAAUUCAUACAGUGAAAAAUUAGCAUAAAAUAAUUAAUCUGAAGGUGGUUCCACCAAAACGAAACGUUGUGUUACAAAUUUGAGUACCAUUGAAACAAAAAAACUCGGUAACAUUUUUUGAUAUUUUAUUGAUAAAUAGAAACACUAAAGUCAAAGAUUUCCGUUUUUCCUAAAUAACUCGAAAACGAUCCUGGAUAUACAGUGGGAUUAUGGGAUUAUUUUUUUUAAUAUUACGACUGGAAGAAAACGCAGGGCAAAAAAACGUAGCUCAUAUCAAAGUUGGCUACUGACAUUUGCUUUCUCUCAAAUUCGCAUUUAACAAAAUAUUUACGAUAUGUCAAAAAAUACUAAAUUUGACAGAUAAUGCAGUACCAGUACCUAGUCAACUUUAAUAUGAGCUAUUUUAAGUUGAAUGUUCCAAACAUAAUAUGAAUCCAACUUUAUGGAACACACUAUAUAAGCUUUUUUACACCAUAAUAUUGGGCGCCUUACUAGUCAACUUUUACCCCAUUUAAAGGAAACUGUAUACCUAGCUGUUUACUAGAUUCUCAUUCAUAUAUGUGGCACAUUAUAUAUAUACAGGGUGUAUCAAUGUUGUGGAAAAGAGAUAUUAAAAAAAAAUGUAUUAACAAAAUUUAUAGGAUGGCUUAAAAGUCACAUUUUAAAAUUAUAUAGAAAUAUACAGGGUGUUGCUAGACCUAAAUUUUUUAAUUUUCUAAAAAUAAUUUUAUUCUAUAAGUGGUUUCCACACUGUAUAACCUAGACAAACUAUAUAUUAGAAAAAUGGGAGUAAUCUAAAUCUAAAAUAAUAAACUGGUGAUCUGUUUUUAAAAACAAAUAUAUUUUUGAUUCGUAACUCAAUCGUGCAACACCCUAUAUACCUCUAUGUAAUUUUAAAAUGUGGCCCUUAAGCUACCCUAUACAUUUUUUUAAUCUCUUACAAGGAAUGUAUCAAACUUUUUUAUAAUAUUAGUACACCCUAUAUAUGAUAUCGAAAUUGAUACAGAGCGCCAUCUAUUGAGUUAAAAAAGGAUAAUAUCAAGUGAUAAAUUGUGCCAACGAAAAUGCAACGAAAGAAAUUAGUUUUAUCAAACAAAAAAAAAUAGUUCGUUUCUUAUAACAUAGCUUACUUUGGGGUCUAUUCUGUAAAAUAUCGUUUAAAAAUGUAACUUUUAGCCACCCGUUAAUUUUUUUAAUUGAAAAUCUACAAUUUUUAGAGGGUAAUUAAAAAUUAUUAAUGAGUCCUUUAAAAUAUCAAGGGAACGCUUGACAACGUCGCAUUGAUCAGUGAUAACGAUUCAUUUGAACUAAUUUUCGCAUGGGAGUAGUCCAUUUAAGAAAAUAAAAAAAAAGCUAAUAACAUAACCAAACAUUUUAAUUAUAAAAUGGACGUGGAUAUAGUCCCGUACGUGGGACCCGAAAAUUACAUCAAAAAUUGGGUUUUACGCGGGGUUAAAAUUAAAAAAAAAAUUAUAAACAAAUUACAAUGUUAAAAAUAUCAACUUGAAAUAUUCAGGAAAUAUUAAGCUCUGUAACGAAACAUGAAAUUUUUAAUCAAAAUCAAGGUCUAUACUACCGUCCUAAGAAAGACCCCUGUAUCUCCAGAGAACAUGAUUUCGAGAAAAACGCGGUUUAACAUUUUGUUUAACCGCAAAGCUAUACGGGGAAAUAAUUUUCUAUGAUAAA